AUGGCCUACUCGUCUCGACCGACCAUGCUUCCCGGAGCCGGGCUUCGCCAGCCUUCUCAGCCCUCGUCGGCGUUGGCCAUGCGUAUCGCGGCCAAAAAGGCCGAGCUGGAGAAUUUACGACAGCUGCGGGAUUUGAGUGGAACGUUGGCCAUGCAAAUGCAAGCCCUCGAGAGUAAAAUUGCUACGUUGAAAGAUGGUACCGAAGCUGUUGCAUGCGUGCUUGCAAAUUGGGACAAUGUCCUCCGUGCUAUCAGCCUUGCCUCCAACAAAGCUAGUGGACUUCCAGAUUUCACUGGACCCGAGACAGAAGAAUCUCCGUCUCGCUUACCAGCCACUUUGGUUCGCAUCCCCGCCGAGCAGCGCGACAAGACUGGCGAAUGA